AUGGCCAUUCCGGCCGCGAAACGUCAAGGUCCUCCGGGACACAGUCUGACAUUGGCCACGACUGGUCUCUUUGAGUCUAUCUUGACCGUACACACACUACGAAAAGCCGCAAAAGCAGACGCAACAGGAGAAAUAUUCACUUCCAGCACAAAUCAUGAGCUCAUCGCGUUGAGAACGGCCAAUGCUGUUGCUGGUUGGUUCAACGCGCUUCUAUCUUUUGGAGGCUAUGGACGAAGCAAACUCAAUGUCGCCGCGGGUGGCAGGACGCCCAUGAGCAGCGUCUUCCUCAGUCUGAUGAUCGCGAUCUGCCUGCUCUUGCUCCUUCCGGCUUUUCAUUACGUUCCCAAAUGCGUCCUUGCCGCUCUACUCACGGAAGUCGGAGUUUCAAUGAUCGAAGAAAGCUCUUCCGAGAUAGCUUUCUUUUGCGAGUCAAGGGCUGUAGUCCGGUCCUCGACUCAGGCAGGCGUUUCUCUACAUCCAAUCCCUGCGUCGUCUGAAGCGGCAGCUGACAAUGCCAAUGUCAUUCGCAAAAUCACAGUAUGCUUCCCCUCUGACCUAUUGACGAUGGUCAACAUCACUGGCCAAUUGAUGUUCACAAGCUCCGAUAACUUUGAGCGUCGCUUAAGCAAUACCCGGGCGCUGCAGCGGGGUAAGAUGAGAAAGACGGCUUUGGCCAGAUCAUCCUCCAACCCACUUGCUGACCAGCAAGUAAUAUCACCGAGUGGGAGGAGUCUUACCACCCUCUUCAACUUUGGCCCAUCUGCCACCAUCAACAACUGUGCCACCCAGACCCUCCUAGACAUCGUACAAGAGCACAGGAGGCAGGGGAUCGUGAUAUGGCUCUUCUCGCCCGCCGACUCCAAGCACCACUGUCAUAUCCUCCAGAAGCUGACCUUGAGCGGGAUUGUAGACUUGUGUGGCGGGUCUGACUGUUUCUUGAGAAGCGAACGAGAGGUGUUUGCCGCCCUCGAGCAGAUCGAGCAGAUCGAGCAGAUCGAACAGCACUGCGAUGAAUUCCCUGACAUUUUGGAUGUCUAA